ACUAAAUGCGUUGCAAUUUUUUUGUCAUUUUCAAUUUUGUGACCGGGCAUUCAUUAUUGUGGAGGCAAUACUCUUAAUAAAGUAACAUGCAGGUUCCACAUAUGAUAUUGAUACUGGUAGUGUGUGUUGUUUCAGUUCAAUCAAACACUUACCAUCCCCCACCUCGCCAUUUCGUACCACGUGUGCCACCUCCACAUCUUCUUCCUCCUCACCUCCAACAUCUUCUCCCUCCCCAUCUCCAACAAGGGCCACCUCACAAUUCUCUGCCUCCCCAUCUCCAACCAGUAGCGCCUCAUCAUCCUCUUCCUCCUCAUCUUCUUCCUCCCCAUCUACAACAGGUGCCACCUCACCAUCAACUGCCUCCCCAUCUUCAACCAUUACCUCCUCACAAGCUUCUCCCUCCUCAUCUACAACAAUUACCUCUUCAUCACCCUCUUCCUCCCCACCUCCAACCAGUUCCACCUCACCAUGACCAACCCUUACCGCCUCACCAGUAUCUGCGACACCCACAACCCGUCAAAGCUCCACAGCCUGUAGGUCGAUGUGUUCCACCAAGAGAUGAAACCGUUACAAAAUUGAGUGAUGUCCAGCUAGUCGGAAAAUAUCCUGCUACCGAUAUUUCAAGAUAUUUGCGAAAGUCCAGUAGACAUUUCAACAGACACGUGUCACAAGCAAGACGAACAGCUUCAUGUCACUGUAAUCGACACAAAGCCAAGUCUUCUCAUGGUUCAUAUGGUGCACCACCACCUCCUCCCCAACACACGUCUACACAAUGGAUUGAUACCUGUCCUGCUGUUCAAAAUCUAUUCUUUUUCCCCAAAUCCACUGAAUUCCACGGACAUCAUUGUUGGAUCUUACGACCAUGGGUUAGACAAUCAGGUGGAUGUCCAUUCGUUGGUUGUCAACAAAGGAGUUGUCUUGGAGUGACAGCUGUAUCAGAACAUGUCUUCCCCGGAAUAAAGGCUUGCAGGCAAACUAAUUUCAAGACCAUGGUUUAUUAUAUUUGGUGUCCAAAACUUGGUCAGUUAAUUCGUCAAUAUAAACGUCUACCACAAUGCUGUUCCUGUAUGGUUCUGAGAUGUUAGACAAAGUACUAUCAGUAUUAAUAAAGAGAAUUGUCGUAAUGG